AUGACCAUCUUCACACUGAAGGGUAAAUCACCAUCUGGCCCCAAAGCCACCAAGCAGUGCCUCGGUGUCCCUCCUCCCCCCAGCGUGGAAGGCAGGCCAUCACCUCCGCUCGCGUCUCCGUCGGACAUUGAACUGAAGACUCCAGGCCUGGGCUCUCCUCCCAGCGAGAAGGAAGAGGAUUUCCUUGGUCUCCAGACAGGGCAUCCAAGUGGUUGGUCACCCUCCACGAAAGUUGGAGACCUCAGAAGAGCCUGUUUGUCCCAACGGAAGAGGCGCCGUUCUGAACCCUGGGGUCUGAUUGCUCCCUCCGUGCUGGCAGCCUCUGCGCAUCAGGAUGAGACCCGUGGCACCAGCACCAACACUGAGAUCACUGAGAGCGUUAGUGAUGCAUCCUUCGCCAAGAGGGGGCCCCUCUCGGGAGCCAGCAGCACUGACCGCACCCUCUUCCCCACAGCCAAGGAGCAAGUUCUGAAGAGGCUGGCCUCUCUGGCGCUGGCAUCCUGGGAGGCAGCCUCUGAUGGUCGGGCUGCCCACCCUCGCCUGGCCAGAAGAGGGACGCUGCCCGUUGACCAAGAGAGGGGCGGUGUUGGUCCACUGGGACCCUAUGCUCUGAAAGACGCCACAUCCCUUAAGCAGCUGGAAAGUGACCGCUGUGAUUUAGAUUUAUAGCCAGGGGCUGACCCACCCAACACCACGUUCUUGGAAUCAGGCAGAGGACCCUUAGAUAGGAAGUGGCUCAGUAGCUCCCACCUGUGUCUCUCCCCGGGCUCUCAGGAGUCCCUGGAUGCUAACUUGGAUGUGCUGUGAGUCCCCAAAUAGCACAUCUACAGGUCCCCCAAUUUCUGAUGUGUCACAGUAGCUGAUGCCUCAGAGAUGAAUCUUACCCCAGAAAUCUCAGCCUCCUACCUGGAUACAGGCUUUGUGUGGAAAACAUAUGGAAAAUAAUCAGCAUCUGUGAAGUUAACUUGGAUUGAAUGGCACACAACUUA